CCGCAGUAGCUGAGAGCAUCCACUUUGCCUUGUUGGAUGCGCCUGGAUUGAGGAGCCCGUUCCGUCUUACCCUCAAUUGGUCCAUCUCCCCUCACAUCUACCUCCAUGGCCGCCUCUUUCGCUCGCCUGGCGGGCAAUGCGCCCAAAAGACUCUGUCUCCGCCCCUCCACUUCCCUUCACACAUCUGUGCCUCGAUCCCGCUCGAUAACCACCACCGUCUCUCGCCAACAUGCCGAAGCCACCAGCUACCAGGCCACACGGCUGAUUCCGACCGACCCGAGCUUCACUUCCCUGGCCAACAAGGGGCUUCCCGAGAACCCCGAUGCCGCUGCUCUCGAGUCCGAGGCUGAGGGUAUCAAUCGCAAGAUCCGUCACUACACAGUCAACUUCGGUCCUCAGCAUCCGGCUGCUCACGGUGUGUUGCGAUUGAUUCUGGAACUCAAUGGAGAGGAGAUUGUCCGCGCCGAUCCUCACGUCGGUCUGCUGCACCGUGGUACCGAGAAAUUGAUUGAGUACAAAACCUACAUGCAGGCUCUUCCCUACUUUGACCGAUUGGAUUACGUUUCCAUGAUGACCAACGAGCAGUGCUUUGCUCUUGCGGUUGAGAAGCUUUUGAACGUUGAGAUCCCAGACCGUGCCAAGUGGAUUCGUACCCUGUUCGGCGAGAUGACUCGUAUCCUGAACCACCUCAUGUCCGUCCUUUCCCACGCCAUGGACGUUGGUGCUUUGACACCUUUCCUGUGGGGAUUCGAGGAGCGUGAGAAGCUUAUGGAAUUCUACGAGCGUGUUUCCGGUGCCCGUCUCCACGCUGCCUACGUUCGCCCCGGUGGUGUGUCGCAGGAUUUGCCUCUCGGCCUUCUUGACGACAUUUACCAAUGGGCUACCCAGUUCGGUGACCGUAUCGAUGAGACUGAGGAGCUGCUUACCGAUAACCGUAUCUGGAAGGCUCGUACCCAGGGUGUCGGUGUUGUCAACGCCACCGAUGCGCUCAACAUGAGUUUCACUGGUGUGAUGCUCCGUGGUUCCGGUGUUCCGUGGGAUAUCCGUAAGUCGCAGCCUUAUGACGCCUACGACCAGGUCGAGUUCGACGUCCCUGUCGGUGUCAACGGUGACUGCUACGACCGUUACCUGUGCCGUAUGGAGGAGUUCCGCCAGUCCCUCCGCAUUAUCCACCAGUGCUUGAACAAGAUGCCGGCUGGACCCGUCCGGGUUGAGGAUUACAAGAUUUCACCGCCUCCCCGUGCUGCCAUGAAGGAGAACAUGGAGGCCUUGAUCCACCACUUCCUUCUCUUCACCAAGGGUUACUCUGUGCCCCCAGGUGAGACUUACUCGGCCAUUGAGGCCCCUAAGGGUGAGAUGGGUGUGUUCCUUGUCAGUGACGGCAGUGAGCGCCCUUACCGCUGCAAGAUCCGUGCCCCCGGUUUUGCCCACUUGGGUGGCUUUGACCAGGUGUCCCGUGGUCACCUGUUGGCCGAUGCUGUCGCUAUUAUUGGUACCAUGGAUUUGGUGUUCGGUGAGGUUGACCGGUAAAAGCGCUCCCGCAACGCAAUAAUAAAAAACAAAAACGGAAAAAAAAGGAAGAAGACGAAAUGACCCCCCUUUUUCUAGAAGGCGGUUUCGCCAUUAUGGGGGGUUGAAAUCAUGCAAGAUGGAAAUUCCAUCUAUGUGAUCACCUUUGGACCCCUCAACUCUCACCCAGGUGUACCAAUUUUCCCAUGUUUUCUUCUCAUGGCGUUGUUCUAUUAUGUCUUGUCGUUUCUCUCUUUUGUCUCUUUCUAUUUACCCUGAUCUCUCAUAAGCCCUGUGUAUAGUGAACUCGAUUCUUUUGAGACAUUUCCUGUUUCAAGUAUCCAUCCCGUAUUAUAGUUACCUCAACAAGGUCGUAGACCAUCCAUUUUCAUGU